AUGGUUGAUGAGAAGGAACCAGCUCCCAAGAAGGGAGCUAAGAAAGUCUUAAAGAAACUGGCAGCAAAGGGUGGCAAGAAGUGGCGAAGGUCCAGGAAGGAGAGUUACUCCAUUUACAACUAUAAAGUGAUGAAGCAGAUUCACCCCGACACUGACAUCUCCUCCAAGGCCAUGAGUAUCAUGAACUCACUCGUGAGCGAUAUUUUCGAGUGCAUCACGGGUGAGGCUUCCCACCUGGCCCAUUACAACAAGCGCAGCACCAUCAGCUCCCAGGAGAUCCAGACUGCCGUGAGCCUGCUGCUGCCUUGGGAACUGGCCAAGCAUGCCGUGUCGGAAGGGAGAAAGGCAGUGACCAAGUACACCAGCUCCAAGUAA